CUGCCAUUAUCGAGGCUCCCUUUGCUAUGUAAAAUCUUACCUAUUUUUAAUCAUCCAUCGAUUGAUCUCGAUAAUUUUUUCUUAUAUGGAUUCUCUUCAGGGUUUCGAAACCUUGAAUUCAAACCCUUCUUCCGCCACCAUUUUAACCCCAUGUUUCCCCGCAGACCUCUCCAUCGCAACCGCAAGCACCACCGUGAACACCACUAUCACUAUCACCACCAACACCAACGCAAACCCUUUACCGGCCGCGGCCUCUUCUCCUCCUUCUUCUUCUUCAGCUUCUCCUUCGACUCUCAGUCGCUACGAGAACCAAAAGCGCCGUGACUGGAACACUUUCGGGCAGUACCUCCGGAACCACCGUCCGCCGCUCUCACUCUCCCGCUGCAGCGGCGCCCACGUCCUGGAGUUCCUCCGGUACCUUGACCAGUUCGGGAAAACCAAAGUGCACACCCAGCUUUGUCCUUUCUUCGGUCACCCUAACCCUCCGGCUCCAUGCCCUUGUCCUCUCCGGCAAGCUUGGGGAAGCCUCGAUGCCCUCAUCGGACGCCUCCGUGCCGCCUUCGAAGAACACGGUGGCAAACCCGAAGCUAACCCUUUCGGUGCCAGAGCUAUUAGGCUUUACCUACGUGAGGUUCGUGAUUCACAGGCUAAAGCAAGAGGCAUAAGCUAUGAGAAGAAGAAACGAAAGCGACCAUCUCAAGCUCCUCCUCCUCCACAACCAUCUCUUCCGCCAGCUCCCAACGGAAACCAAAACCAGUAAGCAAAAUCAUAAAAAUGAAAAAAAUGAAAAGACGUUAUCAUCUAUCUGCAAUUCUGCAUGGCAAAAGGGUUUCUC